AGAUAAUACAUAAACACCGACUGAAUGGUUAUUUGAAAAGAAACCGUUUGUCUCUUUGAUUCAAGCAGUUUUCUUAGAAUUCUACACAUUUAAACUUACUUUUACAAAACUUCGUUAUGUCGCAACAGCAGACUAAGAAUUGCAUCACUCUUCGUGGCUCCGCACAAAUUAUUUGCGAAUAUUUGAAGUUUGCAAUCAAUUCUGUCUUAUUUCAAAGAGGGCUUUAUCCACCAGAAACAUUUAAGGCUGAACAACAGUAUGGCAUUACACUACUUCUAUCAGAAGAUCCUCUUAUUAAAAGUUUUCUGACAAAUCUUUUAACACAAAGUGAAGAAUGGAUUGUAAAUAAAAAAGUCACUAAGCUGUCACUUAUUAUAUUAAAUGUCGCCAACAAAGAAGUAUUGGAGUGUUGGGACUUCAAUGUGCAAUAUGAAGAUGGGGAUAUAGAAUUAUCAAAAGAAAAAAAAGAGACUGUUGGUAGUAAAGAUCUAAAAAAAAUCCAACAAGAAAUUAGAGAUGUUAUGUUGCAAGUCGCAGCUACAAUAUCAUACUUACCAUUCCUCGAUUGUCGCUGUUCUUUUGAUGUUUUAAUUCACGCUAAAACUGACUGCGAUAUUCCUGAAAAGUGGGCUGAAGCUGAACCUGUUGCCAUUGCUAACGCACAAAAUGUUCAACUGAAAACAUUCUCUACAAGUUUGCAUAAAAUGGAGACAGUUGUGAGUUACAAACUGUCUGAUUAAUUUUAAAACUAUAGGCUAGUGAAUGCCUUUUGUAUUAUGUUAAAAUGUAUGUAAAAACCAAAGUGGGAUCUACUACAAAAAGAUUUCUACAUGUACUACAAUGGCUUGGAUUGUCAGGGAAUAUACCCUUGUGAUUUUUUGAAAUGGCAUAAUCUUUUUUAAAAUAAGGUACCCUAAACCACUUUAAAAAAUAUUGAUUUGUAAUUAAUUCAAAGAAUAUUUUUUGAAGUGGUAUCCAUAUUUUUUAAAGAUCUUUAAAAGUAAUAUUAUUUUAAUAGAGAAUUCAAUAAAGGGUUGCAGAUAAGGUUCAGUCAUUCAAAAAUGCAUGGUCAUUAAUAUUAGAAUAAUUGCUACCAUGUACCUUAUAUUUAUUGAGUUCCCAUUAUUUAAUAUUUGAAUUAUAAUUCUUGGAAUAUCAUCCAUCACAUUACAAAAAAAUUCAUAAUUUUUUACAAGAUUAACAAUAAAGAAUAAAGUGG